GAGUGGAAGAAGUCGUUGCGUUGUGUUGGCGCUCUCUAUCUCUCAGUCUAGAUCUCUGGUCAGUUUUUGCUCAGUAUCCACGCCCCUGUCCUAAAUCCUGUCCGCUGUUGUAACGUGUCUUCUUGUCGGUCUGUCAGUCCCCCAAGUACCGAAAAUGUGUGACGCCAAGAUCACCAAGAUGUCGAGCAGGAAAACCAAGGGGCAGAAGACAAAGAAGCGCGCCCAGCGUGCAACCUCCAAUGUCUUUGCCAUGUUCGACCAAGCACAAAUCCAGGAGUUUAAGGAGGCCUUCAACAUGAUCGACCAAAACAGGGAUGGUUUCAUCGACAAGGAAGACUUGCAUGACAUGCUGGCUUCUCUUGGCAAGAACCCCACGGAUGCGUACUUGGAGGACAUGAUGAACGAAGCUCCAGGGCCCAUCAACUUCACCAUGUUCCUGACCCUGUUUGGAGAGAAGCUGAAUGGCACUGAUCCUGAGGAUGUCAUCAAGAAUGCCUUUGGCUGCUUUGAUGAGGAUGGAAGUGGUGCAGUUAGUGAAGAACAGAUACGUGAACUCCUGAUGACCAUGGGCGAGCGUUUCUCCGAGGAACAGGUGGACGACCUCUUCCGCGACGCUCCCAUCAAGGAGGGGCAGUUCUACUACCCGGAGUUUGUCCGUGUCCUGAAACAUGGACAGAAGGACAGGGAGGAAAGGACUGACCAAGCGUAGAGGGCUUUAGUUCUGAACGAUUGAUGAAGAAAGGUUGAGAGAGCUCCUGACCACGAUGGGAGACCGUUUCACGGACGAGGAAGUUGACGACAUGUUCCGGGAUGCCCCCAUCAAGAAACAGCAGUUUAACUACAUCGAGUUCACCCGCAUCCUGAAACAUGGCGCCAAAGA